AGAAGAAGGGGAGGCCGGAUCAGAAAACCGAGGGUUCCUUUGAAAGCGAAUCAGUGGAUGGGUGGAACAUCGCAUUGCAGUAGUUUGCCGUUUGAACCGUCGUGCUGUCGCAGAGCCCGGUUCAAAGGCGCUUUUUGUCCGAUCUUCGCACGGGGACGUGCGUUCUGCUUAACGAACACGCUGCCCGCUGGUAGCAGCUAGGGCUAACAACUGGCACACUCAUUCACAUGCCCUGAAAAUCUCCAGCUGAUCGAGGAGGCUUUUAGAUCGAAAUGGGGGAUGAAGAGCGCUUUCGCUUCAUCUGUACAACUACAUGCAGGACGUAGUUCUGAGACUUGGUUGCCUUAUCGAGUUCAAUAGUCUCGCAAGACUUUAGUGCAAGACGAGAUUUGGUGCAAGAAGCACGGAAGAGCGACACGAAUUGAUUGACAUCAAAACGUUGAUAGCCAAUAAAUUUUAAAGUCGGCCUCGCUCAUGAGUGUGAAACAAGCCCGAAAGUGAUGAAAAAUUAAGAGGCCCACUUUUUAAAGUGAAUCGGUGUCCUGAUAUUUCUCCAACUUAGGAUAAACAGUGGUGUUGUUGAGCCGGCGAUUUAAUAUCAGCUUCUCGUUAGUGAAACAACGACUAAGAAAAGACGCAGACUCGAAAAGCCAGUGUUGGAAGUCAUACAAAAUAUUCUGAUCCUCUGUUGUUUGGAAUCUUAUAGUAUCUUACUCUUCCCAAUUGAUGCCUUGCUCUGUGUUCUAUCCAGUUCUGCCGCCGUCUUCAUCAUCUUCAUCAACAACAACCUCAUCAUCAUCAUCGCCCUCAUACACUUUGCCAAUGCCUCGUUUCUGGGUAUCGUGUUAUCAAUGAAGUGAUUGAGACAUUUUUUGCCCGUGCUUCAAGAAAGAUAAACACCAUGGAUUUUGUCAUUUUAAAGGUCAAUGGACGUGAUGUCUCCCAAUCUACACACGAAGAGGCCAUGGAGGCUUUCCUCCAAGCCCAGGAGCCCAUCACGGUCGAAGUUUUGCGUCGUAAUCCCACUUCGUCCUCGACCCCAUCGAGCAUGACGAAUACUCAAAGCACAAGAGGGGGAGGCAACAACAAUUGUAACAACAACAACAGCAGCAACAACAACAACAACUCUGCCUACUCUUCAAAACGGAAUUCCUGCUAUUUCCCGUCGGAGAAUAUUGGCAAUUCCAUCGCCAUUCAAACCGAGGUUGUUCUUGGCGGGAUUGAUCUCCCAACUUCGCCCACUCGGGACGACUUACUUCUUCCCUUUCUUGAUUACGAGGAGGUCCUUUUGCAACGAUCUUCGGCGAAUGAGCGUCUCGGCCUCACCCUCUGUUACGAGACAGAUGCGGAAGAUGGCCAAACAGACAUUUUUAUCGAUGACAUCCAUCCAGAAGGACUCGCCGCUUCAGAUGGCCGACUCAAGCUCGGGGAUCAAAUCAUUCAGAUUAAUGGUGAGGACAUUAAGACUAAAGUGCAGGCCCAGGAAAUCUUCUUGCACAGCCAGGGGGACAUUAGCCUGUUGGUGGCUCGUCCACCCAUUCAUUACCAAGCAGGUAGCAGUAGUGCUAACGGUGAUGACUUUGUGUUCAAUGACGAAAAUUUGAACGAGGAGGAGAACGGAAGAAAUGUGGAUAGUUUGACAACUAACCCAAGGGUGUCCACAGAAAGUGGAGACAACUCCCUUCUACACCUUAAAAACAAUGAGGAGUACAUUACCUCAUUAUCAUCCAAUGGCUCGACCUCUUAUCAUCCCGGUGACACACAUCUGAAGGUCAGACAAGGCAGCUCGAGCUCCCGAGAUAGCGGCCAUGCUGAUCUGAACACGAGCAAGUCGAGCUCGUCAACGUCCUCCUCACGUACCGGAGACAGUGCCAUGUCCCCUUCAAAGGAUGCCGUCAUUUCGAAGAGUGCACAGGGUCGCAAUCCUGAAGACUCUUUGGAAGACGAAAAUGAAGAAGUCAUGAAUAUUGAUAAAGAGCUGUACUAUGUUGACAAGAAGCUUAAGGACAUUCGGCUCGACUGCGAGGCCAUGACUGCCAAUAACAAUGGCCGAAUAUAUUUGCAACAACAACAUUCCUUUCAUCAUCUUGAGUCACUGAACGAGCCCAUUUACGAGACUAUUCCCGAGAUGAGUGAAAACGAGGAGGUCUACUGUUUGCCUGUGGAUUCCUUGAAGAAGAUGCAGAGUUCUCCUAAAAGAGCUUCGUUCAAUAUCAAUAACAGCCAGCAUCAUCAAUUGAAGGCAAAACAUCUUCCUCUCAACCACCCGCAACAGAAAUCUCGAAGCAGGUCCAAAUCGAGCGAUUCCAAGUAUCAAGGCGUUAAUCGUUUAAUUCGUUCCACCAGUCUGAAUAAGUACGAUAAGAACAAGAAUCCAACUGAGAACGGGUUUGAAGGUGAGCGGGAAGAUGGCAAUCGGUCGGCAAAAAUCAAAGAAGUCGAGCAAUGGCUCAAGUCCACUUGUGAUGAGCAUGGAUUCCAAAGCACCCCAACUAUCUCAACCAAAGGCCCAUCUAAGCCUCCUCCAAGUCGAUCCAUAUCGAGUCAUCAGGGACUUACUUUACAACUGUCAAAUCAAACUGGAUCCAUGCUAUCACUCGUAAAGAAGGCACCGGAAAAGAAGAAGACCAACCGAGUGAACAUGCCAGCUAAGAUGCCCCUCAAAGGAACCAUGCCGCGCCCUUUGAAUCUCAACCCACCCACCCCAACGAUUCCUUUACCCAAUGACAUCAUGUACACCAACUUGGAGAAUCUCCAUGACACCAUGCGACUUCAACAAGAAAUCCUGCUAAAGAACAAUGUGGUCAACCGUCGUUCCAGCCCAGUUUUCCAAGCUCCACCCCCACCUCCAAACUCGGCGGAUACCAACGAGAAUAGUUGGGAAUGGAAAGUGAAGAUUCGUCCUGAUGGGACUCGGUACGUGACUCGCCGACCCGCUCGGAAUCGACUCUUGAAGGAGAGGGCUCAAAAGUUGGCCGAGGAACGGUGCAGUGGCCUCACCACGGAUGAUGAUAACAUGUCAGAACUCAAGGUUGGCAAAUAUUGGUCCAAAGAGGAGCGGAAACAUCACUCAGAGCAAGCCAAGGAGCGCCGGAGAAAGCAAUUGGCCUUGAUCCAAGCCAAAAACAAUCUCCAACAACAACAGCAACCGAAACAACAACACCAACAACAACAUCAAUAUCAACAACAGCAUCAUCCCGAUCAUCAAAAGCAAACACAUGCUUCUUCUGUUGACAAUGAUUCGCCAGGAUUGUGCCCAGGAAGUACCAUCUCUCCCAAAGGGUUGACCCAUUUGUCACAGCAUCUCUGUCAACCUCAACCAAAACAACAGCCUCCUCCGCAUCCUAAUGAGAACUCGCCGCCAAGGGCUCAAUCUUUGGAUCCUGUUCUACUCAGUGUGACCACCGUGUAGCCAUCUCCAUGUGCCCCUCAGCAAUCAUCAUGACGUCUCUUUUCGCCUUUGUUUCGCGUUGUUUUUCUGUGAUAUCUUUGAGUUUCAUACCCGAUUUUGUUCUCAAAGGUUUGGUCAAAUUGACCGAAAGUUUCAUAACUAUAAUUAUCAUUAUUAUACUGUUAUCAUCGUCUCCAUGAAAUCAAUACUACAAUGUACACUUACCGGUUCAAUAAUUUGGGCCGCCUUUUCUAGUCAUUGAAAAAUAAACCACUUUCAAACAUA